AUGUCUCCAUUACUUGACGACAUGUAUAACGGGACUGCACCCGACUCAUCCUUUCAAGUAGUUGGAACAUCGUAUAGGAACGGGGAUUAUCUUGUGGAUGGUAUCUAUUCGGAACGUGCUUGUUUUAUGAAGUCACUGUCUUGUUCAAAUGAUUGCAAAAGGUUGAAGUUUAAGAGAGCUCAAGAGAAGGUGAGAAAGGAUGUUAAACGAGUAUUUGGAGCUUUGAAAAAACGUUGGCAUAUUCUUAAAUAUCUCGCGCCUUAUAUGGAGGAGAAGAAAAUGAGUGAGGUGAUGUACACUUGUAUCAUAUUGCAUAAUAUGAUUCUUGAAGACGAAGGAAAUGUAAUAUGUGAGUAUAACGAAAACGAGAUCGUUCCACCAACACGACCUUUUGAGGUUGGAAGCACGGUGUACAUGUCGUGGAGGGAAAUAGUUCAUGAUGUUGAGACACAACAUGUUCUUCGUAGGGACUUGACGGAACAUAUUUGGAACGUCGACUAUAUCGAUCUUAAUGCGGAACCGGUUGACGAUUUGGAAUGUCAAUUUUCUGAUGAAGAUGUCCUUUAG